AUGUCUGCAACCGACUACAAGUUCGAGGGCUGGCUUGGCCUCGACGCCAGCUCCGCUGAGGGGAAGAUGGUGUGGAAGGAGUUCGAGCCCAAGCCCUGGGAGGAGACCGACGUCGACAUCAAGAUCACUCACUGCGGUAUCUGCGGGUCAGAUCUGCACACUCUGCGAAGCGGCUGGGCCCCUACCAACUACCCAUGCUGCGUCGGCCACGAAAUCGUCGGCAUUGCGGUGCGCGUCGGUUCCCAGGUGAGUCACGUCAAGGUCGGUGACCGUGUUGGUGUCGGCGCCCAGGCCGACUCCUGCCUGGGCCGCAAGGGCGACUGUGAAGAGUGCGCCAUGGGAAAAGAGGCGUACUGCAUGAAACACUUUGUGCCGACAUACAACGGUAACCACCUGAACGGCGCCAAGUCGAUGGGUGGAUAUGCCCUGUACAACCGGUCUCCGGGACACUUUGUGUUCAAGAUCCCCGAUGCUAUCCCGUCGGAGGAAGCAGCCCCCAUGCUCUGCGGUGGUGUCACCGUCUGGAGCCCCCUGAAGCAGAACGGCUGCGGCCCUGGAAAGAAAGUGGGUGUUGUCGGUGUUGGCGGACUGGGUCACUUUGCCGUGCUGUUCGCCAAGGCUCUCGGAGCCGACAAGGUGGUUGCUAUCUCGCGCAGGGCCAGCAAGGCAGCUGAUGCUCUGAAGCUGGGCGCAGACGUCUACAUUGCGACUGAAGACGAGCCUGACUGGGCAAAGACCCACGCGCGGUCCCUGGACCUCAUCAUCUGCACCGUUUCGUCUGACAAGAUGCCUAUCAACGACUACCUCUCCUUGCUCCGCUACGGGGGCCACUUCAUCCAGGUGGGCCUUCCCGAUGCUGGAGUCCUGGGCAUGCCGGUCUUCACAGUCCUGCGCUCUAACCUCAAGAUUGGAGGUACCUUCAUUGGCAGCCCCCACGAGAUCCGGGAGAUGCUCGACUUUGUUGCGGAGAAGGGCAUCCACCCGUGGGUUGAGCAGCGUUCGAUGAAGGACGCGAACCAGGCCAUUGUGGACAUGGAGAAAGGCCGGGCGCGGUACCGCUACGUGCUGGUCAACGAGCAACACUUACUAAUAGAGGAGUACUCCGUACGGAGUAUAGUUGUUCGUUUCCCUGUCAGCACGUGGCGCGAUCGCUGGACCAAUCAGAGCGCUGUAGAACGGCGCCGUUGUCGGCACGCGCUAAGCCCGAUCGGGACGAGGGGCAUGCGGCGUCGGAGUCACGCCCCAGAAAUUUCAUGGCAGACAUGCGUAUCCCCGCCUGCUGGGCUUCGUAGAUCGAGUCUCUUCUCAGACGCAGUUCAGUCUGUGUCUGAUUUCACUGAUCUUCCGUCAAUUGAGCUUCUUUCGAUUGAAAACCACCUCGCCAAUGACGCAUCCAGCCUCGCAACGCUACCUCAGCACGAGGGGUUCCGACUCUCCUUUGAAGAUGUCGUCCUGAAAGGCCUGGCCUCCGAUGGCGGUCUCUUCGUCCCCGAACAGAUCCCGUCUGUCCCCGCCUCGUGGGAGUCGGAUUGGCGCAACCUCAGCUUUGAAGAUCUGGCCUUUCAGAUCGUCUCCCUUUACGUCUCUCCGAGCGAAAUUCCUCCUGAAGACCUGAAAGACAUCAUCCGCCGCUCCUACUCCACAUUCCGACACCCAGAAAGGACCCCGCUGGUCGAGCUGGACCGGACACGAAAUCUCUAUCUGCUCGAGCUGUUCCAUGGCCCGACGUUCGCGUUCAAGGAUGUCGCGCUGCAGUUCCUCGGAAACCUCUUCGAAUACUUCCUCGUCCGUAAGAAUCAGGGCAAACAAGGGAAGGACCGCCACCACCUCACGGUCAUUGGCGCCACGAGCGGAGACACGGGCUCAGCGGCCAUCUACGGACUCCGAGGCAAGAAAGAUGUGUCCAUCUUCAUCUUGUUUCCCAAGGGCAGGGUCUCGCCGAUCCAGCAGGCCCAGAUGACGACCGUUCUCGACUCGAACGUCCACAACCUCACCGUCGAGGGCUCUUUCGACGACUGCCAGGACAUCGUCAAGUCGCUGUUUGCCGACCCGGACCUCAAUUCCACGCACAACGUCGCGGCGGUAAAUUCGAUCAACUGGGCCCGAAUUCUCGCCCAGAUGACAUAUUACUUCUACUCUUAUUUCACCCUGACGAAAUCCCCGGGCUUCCAACAGGGCUCCAAGGUCCGCUUCGUGGUCCCGUCGGGUAACUUUGGUGAUAUCCUGGCGGGGUGGUUCGCCAAGCGGAUGGGUCUUCCAGCGGAGAAGCUGGUCAUUGCCACAAAUGAGAACGACAUCCUGGACCGUUUCUUCAAGAGCGGGGGCCACUACACCAAGUCGCCGCUCAACGGCCCGGCUGCGCAGGGCGUCAAGGAGACGCACAGCCCGGCAAUGGACAUUCUGGUCAGCAGCAACUUUGAGCGGCUGCUCUGGUUCCUGACCUUCGAAGCGGAUGGCUCUGCGUCGGUGGACGAGAGGCGCCGCAACGCCAGCGAGCGCAUCCGAACCUGGCUGAACGAGCUCAAGACGCAAGGCGGCUUCAGCGUGACUGAAGCCGUGUUCGAGGGCGCCAAGCGGGAGUUCGAGAGCGAGCGGGUCAGCGACGAGCAGACCAUCGAGACGAUCCGGGCGAUCUACACCUCGUGCUUCCCUCCCAACCUGGGGCGCGGCAGCGCGCACAGCUCCAAGACAGGCGGGUACAUUCUCGACCCGCACUCGGCCGUGGGCGUGGCAGCCUCGCUGCGGUCCGUGGAGCGCAACCCGGGGACGAGCCACAUCUCGCUGUCGACGGCGCACCCGGCCAAGUUCGCGAACGCGGUUGACCUGGCCCUGCGCGGCCAGGACGGCUACGACUUUGCCGAGGUGCUGCCGCAGGAGUUUGUCGGGCUGGAGCAGAAGGAGAGCCGGGUGACGCCUGUGGGCGCGGGAGUUGGCUGGCAGGGGGUGCGCGAGAUUGUCAAAGCGGAGGUGGAGCAGGAAUUGCAGGGAUUGCGGUAG